GUUGCUACCUAUACAGGACUAUUUGAUAAUUUUUAUGAUAAGACUAUCUGUUAAGGCGAGAUCACGACAUGUUCGUCUCAAUAAUUCUGGGCUUGGUAGUUUUCAUUAAUGAUAUCACCUGUUUGGCACCUCCCUUAACAGAUGAAGAAAAGAGCUAUUUGCACGAGGAUGAUAAAAUACAACUGCCGUUGACCAUUCAGCACAGAGUUAGUUUCAAAAGUCGUUAUGUCGAUCAUAGGGGUCACAUUUAUACAAGAAAACCAUCGAGUCCGACAGUCAUUGUUCAGGCCACUACACAUGUAUCUGAUAUAGCUUUGAUGAAGGCAGCUCAAACUGUUGCCCAUAUGGUUCGACAUACACCGUCAGAUGUGUUUAUGGGGGUAACACGCAGUCAUGGAGUUGGUAUAUUUACUAAGCAAGAAUCUCUUACUGUUUUUCCAGAAAACCAUCAUCUAGCCGAUACAGCAGCUUGUCACAAUAAAUGCGAUGGUUCUUGUAAACACACAUGUACGUUUGAUGGUCGUAAAUACCAGGAAAUCGCUGGAGUAACCAACAGUAGGUCUGUAGCACUGGAUUCUACUGUAUUAUGCAAUUCUCAUGAUCCCUACAGACACAAGCUUAAUGUUGUCUCUCACGAGUUCGCUCACCUGUUACACAGAUACAUGCCCAGCUCCUACAGAAAUCGUAUAUCAUACGCCUACAAUAAUGCCAAACAGCAUCAUACAUGGACAACAUCAUAUGCUACAGCUACCGUUAACGAGUACUUUGCCGAGGCCACUACAGCCUUCUUCAUGACGACUGCAAGCACCAAAAAUGCUGGGGGAAUGGACCUAUGUAACCACAUGACAUCUGUAUGCGUUAAUGAAAUGGUCGCUCGUGAUCAUUUGAAACAUCAGGAUCCUGAAUUGUAUGAUAUUUUACAAAAAGUAUAUACCAAUGGCCACCCAUCAACACCAAGUGGUCUCAAAACUUGCAUGUAAGAAAUAAAAACAAUUAAACCACA